GCGUUUAGUGGGGGCUCGCCGCCCAGUCUGGGGGUCUCUCACCCAACACUGCCAAGUUGCCUGGGCAGAGAGAACUCCCUGCCUAAGGGAACAGCCUCCCGGAGAGGUCAUGUCUAAGGCACAGAGAUGGGCAAGAUCGAGAACAACGAGAGGGUGAUCCUCAAUGUCGGGGGCACCCGGCACGAAACCUACCGCAGCACCCUCAAGACCCUGCCCGGGACGCGCCUGGCCCUUCUCGCCGCCUCCGAGCCCCAGGGCGACUGCCUGAAGGCGGCGGGCGACAAGCUGCAGCCGUCGCCCCCUACGCUCUCGCCGCCGCCGCGACCGCCCCCGCUGUCCCCCGGGCCGGGCGGCUGCUUCGAGGGCGGCGCGGGCAACUGCAGCGUCCGCGGCGGCGGCGACUACCCCCGGGGCAGCCGCGAGUUCUUCUUCGACCGGCACCCGGGCGUCUUCGCCUAUGUGCUCAACUACUACCGCACCGGCAAGCUGCACUGCCCCGCCGACGUGUGCGGGCCGCUGUUCGAGGAGGAGCUGGCCUUCUGGGGCAUCGACGAGACCGACGUGGAGCCCUGCUGCUGGAUGACUUACCGGCAACACCGCGACGCCGAAGAGGCGCUCGACAUCUUCGAGACCCCCGACCUCAUCGGCGGCGACCCUGGCGACGACGAGGACCUGGCGGCCAAGAGGCUUGGCAUCGAGGACGCCGCGGGCCUGGGGGGCCCCGACGGCAAGUCCGGCCGCUGGAGGAGGCUGCAGCCCCGCAUGUGGGCCCUCUUUGAGGACCCCUACUCGUCCAGAGCCGCCAGGUUUAUUGCUUUUGCUUCUUUAUUCUUCAUCCUGGUUUCAAUCACAACUUUUUGCCUGGAGACACACGAAGCUUUCAAUAUUGUUAAAAACAAGACAGAACCAGUCAUCAAUGGCACAAGUGUCGUUCUACAGUAUGAAAUCGAAACAGAUCCUGCCUUGACGUAUGUAGAAGGAGUGUGCGUGGUAUGGUUUACUUUUGAAUUUUUAGUCCGUAUUGUUUUUUCCCCCAAUAAACUUGAAUUCAUCAAAAACCUCUUGAAUAUCAUUGACUUUGUGGCCAUCCUACCCUUCUACUUAGAGGUGGGACUCAGUGGGCUGUCAUCCAAAGCUGCUAAAGAUGUACUUGGCUUCCUCAGGGUGGUCAGGUUUGUCAGGAUCCUGAGAAUCUUCAAGCUCACCCGCCAUUUUGUAGGUCUGAGGGUGCUUGGACACACGCUUCGAGCAAGUACUAAUGAAUUUUUGCUGCUGAUCAUCUUCCUGGCUCUAGGAGUUUUGAUAUUUGCUACUAUGAUCUACUAUGCGGAGAGAGUAGGAGCUCAACCCAAUGACCCUUCAGCUAGUGAGCACACGCAGUUCAAAAACAUUCCUAUUGGGUUCUGGUGGGCUGUAGUGACCAUGACUACCUUGGGCUAUGGAGAUAUGUACCCCCAAACGUGGUCAGGGAUGCUUGUGGGAGCCCUGUGUGCUCUGGCUGGAGUACUGACAAUAGCCAUGCCGGUGCCUGUCAUUGUCAACAAUUUUGGAAUGUACUACUCCUUGGCAAUGGCGAAGCAGAAACUUCCAAGAAAAAGAAAGAAGCACAUCCCUCCUGCCCCUCAGGCAACCUCGCCUACAUUUUGCAAGACAGAAUUAAAUAUGGCCUGUAAUAGCACACAGGGUGACACGUGUCUGGGCAAAGACAAUCGGCUUCCGGAACAUAACAGAUCAGUGUUAUCAGGUGACGACAGUACAGGAAGUGAGCCGCCAUUAUCACCCCCAGAAAGGCUCCCCAUCAGACGCUCUAGUACCAGAGACAAACACAGAAGAGGGGAAACAUGUUUCCUACUGACGACAGGUGAUUACACGUGUGCUUCUGAUGGAGGGAUCAGGAAAGGAUAUGAAAAAUCCCGAAGCUUAAACAACAUAGCGGGCUUGGCAGGCAAUGCUCUGAGGCUCUCUCCAGUAACAUCACCCUACAACUCUCCUUGUCCUCUGAGGCGCUCUCGAUCUCCCAUCCCAUCUAUCUUGUAA